GUCCCAGGUCUCCAAACCCUAAUUACCUGAUACCUCUGCUUCCCUUCCCGCCGCCGAGUUCCCUUCUCUUCGUCUUGCGCUUAGGGUUCCGUUCUAGCUUCUCCUCGCGUGCUAGCUCGGCGGCGUCAAUGGCGACCCAAACUGAUGUCAAGCUUUUCAAUCGUUGGUCCUUUGAUGAUGUUGAGGUCAGUGAUAUGUCACUGAAUGAUUACGUUGCUGUGGUUCCAACUAAACAUGCCACCUAUCUGCCUCAUACUGCUGGGAGAUACUCUGUCAAGAGGUUCAGAAAGGCUCAAUGCCCUAUUGUUGAGAGGCUUACAAAUUCUCUGAUGAUGCAUGGUCGAAACAAUGGCAAGAAACUCAUGGCUGUUCGCAUUGUUAAACAUGCAAUGGAGAUUAUUCAUCUGCUGACUGAUUUAAACCCAAUCCAAGUAAUUGUGGAUGCUGUCAUUAACAGCGGGCCAAGGGAAGAUGCAACUAGGAUUGGAUCUGCUGGUGUUGUUAGAAGGCAGGCAGUUGACAUUUCCCCCUUGAGGAGGGUCAACCAAGCAAUAUACCUACUCACAACUGGUGCUAGGGAAAGCGCAUUCAGAAACAUCAAGACCAUUGCGGAAUGCCUUGCGGAUGAGCUUAUUAAUGCUGCUAAGGGAUCCUCUAACAGCUAUGCCAUCAAGAAGAAGGAUGAGAUUGAGCGUGUUGCCAAGGCUAACCGUUGAACUAAUAGCCUGUGGUGUGGACCCAGACUUGAAAUCCUGCCUGAGAUGCUUGCUGAUUUUUUUUUUCCAUUUAAUGUGCAUGAACUCAGUAAUUUUGUUUUAAUAUCUGUUUGUGUAACUUUGCGAACUCCAAUAGUACCUUCUAUCUGCUUGUUUUGAUUUGGAAAGAGAGAAUUGUUAGUUGAGAACUUGCAGCAUUUAUGGUUUAGUACUUGGCUCACUGCUGGUAUUUACUCA